CUGUCGAGCGGUAUCGCUUUUAAUGUCGACACGCCCCUGACACCGGCGAGAUCUCUCUCCUCUUCUCCGGCGCUUAUCGCGAGGCGUCGCGGAAAUGCGGCGGAAUUUUGACAUGACGCCAUCGAGUGCUCGCGGUUCCUGACUGUGUCACGAGUACAUCGAGAACUCGCGUACUCUUCGAACUGGAAUUAUUAUUAUUCGCAUUCGAUUUCUUCGAGCGGACACCCGCGAGAGCGUGUCCGAAUUCUUAGGUCUCUGUCACGAUAAAAACGCGUAUUACGCACUCACGGAGCCAGUGAAUCGAAAGAGGUAUGCCGGGUUUAUACGAGGUAUCUCCGUAUCUCGAGGUUAUCAACAUUCAACAUUCAGGCUGGAGUGACAACAGUGCGAUCUGAUAUAUUUCGUCGUUCAUUCACGGGGACCAAUCUCCGGCUGGACGAGCAAUUGGACACGAGCGCGAUCAAGAAGGUAAAUAUCCAAAGGUGGAAGGUGGCUGCGAGAGGGGCGUUGAAGGUCACGGAGUUGAAUCUAAGGGUGGCAUCAUGGACUCUCGUGAGCAGCAAUUCUGCCUCAAGUGGAAGGGUUUUGGCUCCAAUCUAUCAACGACGUUCUUGAACUUAUUCAAAACCGAGAGUCUCACAGAUGUCACUCUCUUCUGCGAGGGAGUUACGUUCAAGGCGCACAGGUUAAUUCUCGCAGCUUGCAGUAAGCACUUUCAGGAGCUCUUCGAAGGAUUGCCGCUUUCUCCCGCGGGACUGAUCGUUAUUCUCGAUGGGACGAGUGCCGACAAUAUGGCGGCUCUCCUCGAAUUCAUGUACCGUGGCGAGGUACACGUGUGCCAGGAAUCGCUCAGCUCCUUCCUCAAGGCGGCUGAAUGCCUUCAAGUUAAGGGUUUGUCGAUCGAACAUGAGAAACUGGCUAUGGCGCAGAGGCACGCCGCGGAGGGAAGCAAUACCUCCGCGGAUGUAGAAAGCAGCAGCGCAGGCAGGGCUGGCAGUAACGAUACGAUCGAGGGUAGCGUCGAUAGCAGUAACGUGGCUGGUAUCAUCGGUAAUGGGGAUGGUGUCGGCGAUGCGACCGAUAUGAGCGAGGCCGGCGAGACCACAAUGCACAAGAACAAUAUGAAAAGGACCGGGGCGCCGUCGCCCACCCCAACGUGUUCAGUGCCCAACAUGUACUCGAGCUCUCACUACUACGAGAGCCUGCCGAAGAAGCUGAUGAGAUCGCCGAGCGACAUCGACACGUUAGGAAGAGCGAGCGUAUUGCGCGACGGCGCUGCCUUCCGGCCAGCGUCUGCUCCGCAUGCGCUUCUGCUGGAGAACCACUUCUUUCAAUCGUUCACUCAUCCUUCUGAGACUCGCUUGCAUCCUCAUACCGCGCCUCAUACGCCCACGGAAUUGGAACAACAAUCGGAACGAGCGCGGUCCACGGAACACAGCAACUGUGAUUCCAAGGAGAACGUUGCCGAAGAUCUUCGAAUAAAGCAAGAGCCAGUAGUACUGACCGAUCGGGAAAGGGCGGAAAGGCUGGCGGAGAGACUGUCCGGCGAGGGUUAUCCUGGACGGGGUUUCGACGCCAGUAACUCGUACGGACCGAAUACGGAUCAUCUGCUGCACAGGGCACAGCUAAGUCCGGCGAUGGUGCCGAUGCCGCCGACUCAUCAGACCACACCCGAUCAAAAACCCAUAUGGCCCACGAAGAUCAAGACCACUGUCUCUAUCGACGGCGGUAAAAAGCUGAAGUGUCCCUACUGCGAGAGAUUGUACGGCUACGAGACGAAUCUGCGCGCCCACGUACGCCAACGUCAUCAGGGUAUCAGGGUGCCGUGUCCGUUCUGCUCGCGGACGUUCACCAGAAACAACACGGUGAGACGACAUAUCGCGCGAGAGCACAAGGAGGAGCUCGACAUGAAGACCUUUCAGCAGUCCAAUCAUUCGGUCUCGGACACCCCAGUAACAAACGUGCCCCAGUAACAAAGUCUUCGGCGUCGCUGUCGUCCACGUCGUCGCCACCGCGGUUGUCGAGGUCGCGGUCUGCGCGCAUUGGUGGUGGUACCGGAAGCAACGUUCCCGGAAACCACCCCGUUGCAGCCGACGGCGAGACCGGGCCGCGGAUAGUGGUGCGAAAUAGAGGAGAGGCUGCAGAGAGGCAGAGUAGGUACCUUCGUUUUCCCUUCGUCGUCGUCAGCGAACGCCGUCCCGUUUCCUCGUCGUGAGGAUAAUUUCCUCCCCUCCGUGCGCUCCUUGAAGAUCCGACAGGAGACACGUUUACAAACGAUAGAAACGACUGUGAAGAUUCGUUUCACACACGGAAGAGCCACGGAAUGCGCGCGGAUACGCUCGCGAAAACGCUGCGAAUCACAAAACUAGUCAAUGAAAGUGCAACGGUCAAGUAAGAAUUAUUAACGCUAGGGAGCUUCUUAAACGGGCGAGAGUGAAGAUAGCGGAGCGAACAGAGAGCGCGCAUAAAUAUACACUCACACACACACACACACGUACAAAAACACAUACACACGGAGACAUUUAGCAUAAAGCAGACGACUGCGACGAGAGAACAACGCAAUCUCAGGUAGAUUACACGAUAUAAUUCAUCUUACCAUAGAUAUCGGAGAAUUAUUACACUCGCCGUGGUAUUUUUCAUCGUUGACCGCUAUACCACUAUAUUAUCGCUGUUGAUGAAUCGAGCCUACGGGAUCGUGACAUUUGAGUGAUAUCUAUUCGGGACGUUAGACUUUACGCGCGCACAGUGCCAAACCAGACGCUUUUAUACUCUGGACACAUCGGAGCUUUUUUUCAGUUUCGCCCAUUCGUAUAUACACGCGUGACACACAAUUUAAUUAUUACAAAUAAUAAUAAUAAUAAUAAUAAUAAUCGUGGUGACAACACACACACAUAUCGCGCCGAGAUGAAACCCGACGACACGCAGACCUUUUAUACAGAUACAAUUUUAUAUGACAUUUACUAUAGGGCGGAUGACUGUCGUGCGAUUAGCCGCGGGAAAGCGCGAGACUGUCGACGAAUACUUCUUGGCGAACGCGCAGUCGAAGAGGUGCGAGAUACUAGCAAUAUGUUAUAAUAAUCUCAUAUAUACAUCGUUUUACGCCGACACACAUUGAUUUUUCUAAAACAAUAAUAAUAAUCGCUUAAAGAAAUCGCGUCCAUUCGCAUUCGCCACGGAAGUUUCUCGCAGCGAACGGAAGCUAAAUCCCGCGGCGAAACGAUCACUACCACUUUGUUACCUGUUUACAAUGUUUAAAAUGAUGCGGACUUUUGUCCGCAGAGCAAUAGUCGUGUACCGAGAAAUAAAUAUAGCGUAUAAUAGAGCCAUCGAUCACUUGAAAGGAAAAUAGUGCGCGCGAUUGCGCGUUAAAUAGUUGCUAUCCCGGUUGUAUAAGAGAUAUGUGAUCAAUGCAAUAGAUUAUAUUACACAUUACCUAUAUGUAUAGAUAUAUAGAGAUAUAUACUCCUAGUCAGGAUGGCACCCACGAUAUUAUAUUACUUGUUACAGUAUUUACACUUUA